AUGGCACACAAUAAAGUAGCUGUUGUUACUGGUGCUGCAAAAGGAAUAGGCCGGGGAAUCAGCCUGCGGCUCGCACGCGAUGGGUAUGACCUGUCCGUGAAUGACCUCGAGUCGAAUUUGGCAUCACUGGGAGAACUAUGCACAUUUGUUAAGGAGAAAUUUGGUACAAAGGCUGUAGCUAUUACAGGCGAUAUUUCGAAAGAGGACGAUGUGAAGAGACUUGUACAAGGCACCGUUGAACUGUUUGGGAGCAUGGACGUAAUGAUAGCAAACGCAGGAAUUUGCCAAGUCAAAUCGAUUCUGGAGACCACUACAAAAGAUUGGGACGAAGUUCUUGCAGUCAAUAGUAGGGGUACAUUUUUGUGUUACAAAUACGCAGCAGAGCAAUUCAUAAAACAAGGACACGGUGGGAGAAUCAUCGGCGCAUCUUCCAUUGCAGGAAAGCGAGGGCUUCCGCAUUCUUGUGCCUACUCAGCUAGCAAGUUUGCAAUCAGCUCCCUAACCCAGAUUGCAGCUCGUGAAUGGGGAAAACAUGGCAUUAUUGUAAAUGCAUAUGCUCCAGGACCGAUCGAGACAGACAUGAGUGAGUUCAAAGAGAAGUUUGGAAUAAGCAUUGACUUCACCGUCUCUACUACCGUGUUAGGAUACAACGGGACGCCAGAUGAUAUUGCGGGGCUAGUAUCGUAUUUGGUGUCUGAUAACGGGCGAUUCAUAACUGGACAGGUUAUAACCAUUGACGGCGGCGUCAUUUUCCAGUAA